AUGAAUUCAACUUUACUUACUUCUAUAUCACAAGCAUAUGCAUAUCCUCGUUCACCUGAAAUGGAUGUAUUUGAAGAUAUUCUUCUUAAUAAUAUGUUUUCAUUAGGUUCAACAGAUCAUUGUCUAGUAGUUUCACUAAUUUUCUGGACAUUUAUACUUUUGGCUAUCUUUAUUGUUUUACUUCUUGUUAUGGCUUCACUCUAUUGGUGGUUUUCGCCAGAGAAACAAUAA